GUUUUCAGUUUUCACCUUCUUUAUCUUCUUUUUCACUCCCUUUUCCCUCCAUCCUCAACUCUUUUCUCGAAGCUUCUUUCACAUUAAUCACCCCAAGCAAACGCCGCCCCCGCCCCCGCCACUCCCUUUCUUUCUUCCUUCUGCCCAAUCAACUCUUCCACCUCUCAUCAACGAUGGAUUUGAGAGAUAAUAGUGAAAGAUGUCUUCUGGCAGUGGACGCAGACGAGGGAGAGGAAGGGAUAGAGGGAGGAUCAUUAGAGAGUCCAGCGGGAACAGAAUUAAAUGAUUGUGAUGGAGAUAUUAUUCUUGAGCCUUAUGAGGGAAUGGAAUUUGAAUCGGAAGAUGCUGCCAAGAUUUUCUAUGAUAAGUAUGCUCGUCAACUGGGAUUUGUUAUGCGUGUGAUGUCCUGUCGUCGUUCUGAAAAAGAUGGGCGAAUACUUGCUCGAAGACUUGGAUGCAACAAAGAGGGACAUUGUGUCAGCAUCCGAGGUAAAUUUGGGGCAGUUCGGAAGCCACGGCCGAGUACACGAGAAGGCUGUAAGGCAAUGAUUCAUGUCAAAUAUGAUAAGUCUGGGAAAUGGGUGAUUACAAAAUUUGUAAAGGAACAUAAUCAUCCUCUUGUGGUUUCUCCUCGUGAAGCUCGGCAGACCAUGGAUGAAAAAGACAAGCAAAUACAGGAACUCACUAUAGAGCUGCGGAAUAAGAAACGGUUAUGUUCGACAUACCAAGAACAGCUUGCUGCAUUUAUGAAAAUUGUUGAAGAACAUACCGACCAAUUAUCAAAAAAAGUUCAAAAUGUAGUUACCAACCUUAAAGAAUUUGAGUCCAUUGAGCAAGAACUAUUGCAUCCUAGGUAGCCUAGCCAUUGACUUCUUAUGCAGUGUGGUCGGUGGCCAUCGAUAUUUGGAGGUUGGUAGCAGACAAAGAACAAUGAGAACCCUUGAGAAAGCCCCUCAAAAGGCAUUCUUUACAGUCUACCCUGCCCCACUCCAAACUCAGAGGGAGCUAUAGAAAUGAGCAAUGCAAUAUUUGUUGUGUGUAUCAUAGCAAGCAGUGGCACGAAGUUGAAGUACGUGGAGAACAUCUGAGCGGAGGGAAAGUUUUGAAUGAAGAGACGAUUUUAUUUACCUCUCUAAGUGAAUAACCAAUGCAGAUUUUUUUAGAAAUUUUGCUGAAAUUUUAUUUGCUUUGUGUAUAUGUUUGCAUCUGAUACUGCAAGCAGAACCAUCCAAAUCCCAUCCUGGAUGCCCACAGAGCUAUAAUGAGAAAAUCAAUAUUAGAAUUGUUUCAUUCUGCUAAUUUUUACCAGGAUUAUCUGUUGGUCUGACUUGUAGUUAUUUUAUAUCUUUUCUCAACUUGGUGGAACCACCGCCACGCUUUCCCCAGGUUGAGAUGCUACUUUUCUUUCUUGUGUUUAUUUCAGGUGACUUAAAAGCCCAACUUAUUAAUCUCUCUUUUAUAAUAACAAAAGAAUUGGGAAUGAA